AUGUCGACUGGCACUCUGUUUAUCCGUGAUUCGCGCACCGACGCGAACUAUGAAAUUCCCAUCCAUCGGAAUGCAGUGCGCGCUACAGAUCUACAGCGUAUGCGGGCACCUUCUAUCGAUGCCGAUCGAGCGGACCAGGUCGCCCACGGGCUCCGUGUCCAUGAUCCUGGGUUACAAAACACCACCGUGGUGGAGUCUGCAAUUAGCUUCUCCGACCAUGAACGUGGCAUGUUGCUGUUCCGAGGAUAUACCCUCGAGCAGCUCUGGGACGCAGAUUUCGAAGACAUGUUUCACCUGCUGGUGUGGGGAACUCAUGCAACAGAGCGUCAACGAUCGGAGUUGAGCCAGAAGUUGGCCCAGCACAUGCUGGAUGUUCCCGAUGCGGUGCACCAGGCAAUCAUGAAUCUCCCACGCACAGCAAGUCCGUUGCCACUCCUUCUGGCAGGCCUUGCCGCAUACCUGGCAUGCCAGCCCGAUGUAAUCCCGGCAUCUUCGAACCCAACCCUCUAUCAGGGAAAUCUCGAUCUGGCCGACCAAAUGAUUCUAAAAACGGUCGCUGCCUAUGCUGUGGUGUUUGCGCGCGUCCGAUGCCACCGACUCGGCAUCGUCUGGCGCCCAGCUUCCCCAGGCAGGGCUACUACAACAAUGUGUUAUCGAUGGCUGGCCUCGUGGACGCAGCGACUGAUCGCCCCGAUCCUGUACGAUUGUCAUGCUUUCGGCGGUUUGCCAUGCUCAACGCCGAUCAUGGAAUGGCGUUUGGCCGCUGCCCAUGGUCCCUUGCACUUUGGUGCCACCGAGUCUGCACAGCGGGCUCUUCGUGAAAUUGGACACCCACAGAAUGUCCCUGCUUUUAUCGACCAGGUCAAAACUGGACAGCGAAAACUAUUUGGCUAUGGACAUCGUGCCUAUAAGGGCGUCGAUCCCCGAGUGCGCCCCAUCCAAACGAUUCUGCAAGACCUCAUACAGGGUUCCAACCCUCUGUUGGACAUUGCCCAGGCUAUUGAGAUGAUGGCAGGCAAAGAUGAGUAUUUUCUCUCGCGUGGAUUAUACCCAAACGCAGACUUUUAUGGGAACUUUGUGUUCACCGGCAUUGGACUAGAGCCUGAAUUCAUUCCAGCAGCAAUGCUGUCCCAUCGUAUCAUGGGAAUUAUGGCACAUUGGCGAGAGUACAUGGGUAUGCCUCCCCGAAUUGCCCGAGAUCCUCGCAACCCAGGAUCGCUUCAGCUCCAGCUGGGGACCCAUGAACAACCCAGCCCCACGACGCCAUUGUUGCGCCCAUCGUCCAGCACCGAGCCCUACUCCGUGUUCACGACUCGCCAGAAGCGCUUGAUUAUCUUGGCUGCAGCGCUGGCUUCCAGCUUCUCUCCUCUGUCGGCCAAUAUAUACUACCCGGCCCUGAAUUCCAUUGCCAAGGAUCUGCAUGUCACUCCGUCUGAGAUCAAUUUGACCAUCACUACCUAUAUGAUAUGUCAAGGUCUUGCUCCAGCCUUCAUGGGCUCACUGGCAGACCAAGCCGGCCGUCGACCCGCAUAUAUUUGCUGUUUCCUGAUCUACAUUGGGGGCAACGUUGCCCUCGCCGUUCAGCAUCACUUCUCUGCGCUAUUAGUCCUUCGUGCUGUUCAAAGCUGUGGCAGUAGCGGCACUGUUGCGCUUGCCUCGGCGGUAGCGGCCGAUAUUAUUACUUCUGCCGAGAGAGGUAUGUAUUUGGGUGUUGCGUCGCUCGGAAAUAUUCUCGCGCCGUCUCUGGGACCAAUUCUUGGUGGCGUAUUGAGUCAAUACCUGGGCUGGCAAGCUGUGUUUUGGUUCCUGGCCAUUGCCGCCACGGCGUUUUUCUUGCCCAUGUGGGUUUUCUUCCCUGAAACCUGUCGCGCAAUUGUCGGAAACGGGUCCAUCGCCCCGUCGGGUUGGAAUCGGUCUAUCUUCAAUCGCGUUUAUACCUCACGGCACUCGGAAACUAGAGAUCCCGUCGUUCAUUCCUUUCGUCCUCUCCAUAGGACUGUGACAACUCCGAAUCCUUGGUUUACCCUACGUCUAUUAUUUGACCGGCCAGUGAAUUUGGUUCUACUGGUCAAUGGGUUUGUGUUCGCUAGCUAUUACGCUGUCACGGCUGGAAUCCCGGCACGAUUCCUCGCGCUUUAUGAGCUGGGAGACCUUGGAAUUGGGCUAUGCUUUAUUCCCGCAGGACUCGGCUCGCUCGUCAGUGCAACGGCAAACGGCAUGAUUGUCGACUGGAAUUAUCGACGGAUGUUCGCCGGAGCAGGCCAGCCAGCACAUAAAUCUCAAAAGCAAGACAUCAUCACAUUCCCGAUCGAACAGGCAAGGUUACAGAUUGGACUCCCAAUGACCGUCUGCGCUGCGACCUCGAUUGCCCUCUUUGGGUUUUUAAUGAACCGAGGACCACCCCUUUGGGUUGCACUUCUCAUGGUAUUCAUCAUCUGCUUUUGUAUCACUGCGGCAUAUAAUGUGAUGAAUGUACUUAUAGUGGAUUUGUACUACACAACCCCGGCAACCGCUAUGGCAGCUAACAACCUUGUUCGAUGCUUCUUGGGUGCCGGUGCAGCUGCUGCGCUGAAUCCCCUCAUUCAGCGACUGGGCAUACAAUGGACCUACUAUCUCGUGGCAGGGGUUUUGGUAGUAAGGCUUCACAUCCGGUACUCCGAAGGGCAAUGGAUCUCCCCGGGGAUGACCCUGGAUAUUGGAGCCACUAGGAGAAUCCCGGAGAUCAGCAGUAGUGGCCUUCGUUGCAACACACAUUACGUGGUCUUUUUCCUGGAUCUUGACGUGGUGCUGCCUGCAACGGUCAUCCAGACUGUUAUUCUGCACUGGUACCAGCCCAAUCUUGUGGCAAACUGCACACCCAGUCUUUCCUUCACUCCACUUGCACCAGAUGAGGGCCGGCAUUCCUUCAACGUGGCCUCAUACAUCGGUCCUCAACCGCCACCGGGCUCACACCACCGUUACGUCUACCUGCUGUUCGCGCAGCCACCCGCCUACAAGUUCCCUGACUGCUUCUCCCAUAUCCCACCGGAGACGAUGGAAGCUCGUGCCGGGUUUGAUGUGAGGGAAUUCAUGCGUGCGGCCGCAUUGGGUCCGCCUAUUGCGGUGAAUUAUUUUUUUGCGCGCAAUGAUAAACCCGAUGGGAACCAUCCGUCACCAUCCUCGAGUGCAACAACAACUUCGUUCCAGUCUGUGUUCUGUGACACGAGUCCUACCGGUUUGUGGCAAACUAGGGGAAUUUAA